AUGCUUCCCUUGGUGAAGCUGAGCGUGGUCCUGCUGGCGGUGCCCGCGCUCUCCAAGCAACCAUCAGCGCCCGAGCCAUUUGCCGCUCCGUUGCGAGAAUUGGAAUUCGGACAGCUCAAUUUCCUACACACAACAGACACACAUGGAUGGCACGCCGGUCACCUCCUAGAACCGUCUUUCGGGGCCGACUGGGGCGAUUACGUUGACUUUGCUUCUCGAUUAAGAGAGACGCUCGAGGCGCAGGGGAAAGACCUGCUGAUCGUCGACACUGGCGAUCGUGUCGAGGGCAAUGGCCUGUACGACGCAUCGGAGCCCAAGGGCCUCUUCACCUUUGACAUCUUCCGGGAACAGCACAUGGACAUCAUUUGCUCUGGGAACCAUGAGCUGUACAAGCAGAAUUCGUCCGAGAAUGAAUAUCUGAUCACAGUCCCCGCGUACACGGGCAGCUAUCUGGCAUCGAAUCUCGACAUUCGGGAUCCGACCACGGGCGAGCUGGUGCCACUAGCUCCCAGGGCGAAAAAAUUCGUCACCAAAAACCAAGGUAUCCGCAUCAUGGCCUUCGGCUUUCUCUACAAUUUUGAUCGGAACGCCAACAACACCGUGGUCCAGCGCGUGGAGCACGCGAUCCAGGAACCGUGGUUUCAGGCCGCGAUCCGCGACCGCGAAGUCGACCUCUUUGUCGUGAUCGGCCAUUCCGCCGUGCGCUCGGCAGAAUUCGACAUGAUCUUCAGGGCCAUCCGCGCCGCGCAGCCGGAUACGCCCAUCCAAUUCUUCGGCGGGCACUACCACAUCCGGGACUACCGCAAGUUUGACAGCAAAUCGUACGGACUGGCGAGUGGGCGCUUCAUGGAGACGCUUGGGUUUCAGUCCAUCAGCGGGCUGUCAACGAACACCAGCAGCCCAGCGCCGACUCCGACCUUCUUCAGGAGGUACAUCGACAACAACCUCUACUCACUCUAUCACCAUUCGGGCCACAACGCAUCGACGUUCCACUCCAACCGCGGCCGCAACAUCACACAAGCGAUAUCGGAAGCGCGCGCGGCGCUGGACUUGGACCAGACCUUCGGCUGCGCGCCACGUGAUCUGUGGAUGGCCCGGGCACCCUACCCCAGCAAAGACAGCAUCUUUUCCUGGUUAGAAGAGGAUGUCUUUCCCGGCAUCGUCAACGACACAACCCGCAGUGAUCGACCGAGACUGGUCAUUUCGAACACGGGAGCCAUUCGCUUCGACAUCUUCCAGGGCGCCUUCACCAAGGACUCCACGUACAUCGUGUGCCCGUUCACGAGCGGAUUCCACUACCUCAAGGACGUGCCGUACGAGAAGGCCAAGCAUCUGAUCAACAUCCUCAACCGCGGAGGCGAGAUCUUUGAGAACGUCGACCCGUCGUACGCCAUGUGGAAACUGGGUCCUCCGGAACAGAUGGGCGUGACAGAAGAUGUGAUUGCCACUCCGCCACACGACGUUCCUUCGUCUCAGAUUGCCAUGGCCAGCGACGUUCGCUUGACGCCGGGGUACACCACGCACGAUGACGCAGGUGACGACGGCGACGAUACGAUCCACUCGCCGAUUUCGUUCUAUCGGGUGCCGAACUGUAUCCAAUCCACGAUCAAUCCGAGCCAGGUCGCUCUUGAUGGUGAAGAUGUUGUCGUGGACGUGGUCUUCAACGAGUUUAUCCAGCCUUGGGUCUUGCUGGCCUUGAGAUUCCUCGGUCUGGACUACGCGGAUGAGGAUGUCGACAAAUAUAUGCCUGAAGAGAACCUGACGACCCUGAUAGCGAAGUGGGUGAGUGAGAAUUGGACGGACAACUGCAAGGAUUGA